AUGGCGGCCGGAGUCGCAGCCUGGCUGCCUUUCGCGCGGGCUGCGGCCAUCGGGUGGAUGCCGGUGGCCAACUGCCCCAUGCCCCUUGCCCCGGCAGACAAGAACAAGCGGCAGGAUGAACUGAUCGUCCUCAAUGUGAGCGGGCGGAGGUUCCAGACGUGGCGGACCACGCUGGAGCGCUACCCAGACACACUGCUGGGCAGCACAGAGAAGGAGUUCUUCUUCAACGAGGACACCAAGGAGUACUUCUUCGACCGGGACCCAGAAGUGUUCCGCUGCGUCCUCAACUUCUAUCGCACAGGCAAGCUGCACUACCCCCGCUACGAGUGCAUCUCCGCCUACGAUGACGAGCUGGCUUUCUAUGGCAUCCUGCCCGAGAUCAUUGGCGACUGCUGUUACGAGGAGUACAAGGACCGCAAGAGGGAGAACGCCGAGCGGCUCAUGGACGACAAUGACUCGGAGAACAACCAGGAGUCCAUGCCCUCCCUCAGCUUCCGCCAGACCAUGUGGCGGGCCUUCGAGAACCCGCACACCAGCACACUGGCCUUGGUCUUCUACUACGUGACUGGCUUCUUCAUUGCCGUCUCGGUCAUCACCAACGUGGUGGAGACGGUGCCAUGUGGCACGGUGCCUGGGAGCAAGGAGCUGCCGUGUGGCGAGCGCUACUCGGUGGCCUUCUUUUGUCUGGACACCGCCUGCGUCAUGAUCUUCACGGUGGAGUACCUCCUCCGGCUGUUCGCGGCGCCCAGCCGCUACCGCUUCAUCCGCAGCGUGAUGAGCAUCAUCGACGUGGUGGCCAUCAUGCCCUACUACAUCGGCCUGGUAAUGACCAACAAUGAGGACGUGUCGGGCGCCUUCGUCACGCUUCGGGUCUUCCGCGUCUUCAGGAUCUUCAAGUUCUCCCGCCACUCCCAGGGCUUGCGGAUCCUGGGCUACACCCUGAAGAGCUGUGCCUCUGAGCUCGGCUUCCUCCUCUUCUCCCUCACCAUGGCCAUCAUCAUCUUUGCCACUGUGAUGUUUUAUGCCGAGAAGGGCUCCUCUGCCAGCAAGUUCACGAGCAUCCCCGCCUCUUUUUGGUACACCAUCGUCACCAUGACCACACUGGGAUAUGGAGACAUGGUGCCCAAGACGAUCGCAGGGAAGAUCUUCGGCUCCAUCUGUUCCCUGAGCGGUGUCCUCGUCAUUGCCCUGCCGGUCCCUGUGAUCGUUUCCAACUUCAGCCGGAUUUACCACCAGAAUCAGAGAGCUGAUAAACGCAGGGCACAAAAGAAGGCCCGCCUUGCCAGGAUCCGUGUGGCCAAAACAGGGAGCUCCAAUGCCUACCUGCACAGCAAGCGCAACGGACUCCUCAACGAGGCACUGGAGCUGAUGGGCACCCCGGAAGAGGAGCACAUGGGCAAGACCACCUCACUCAUCGAGAGCCAGCACCACCACCUGCUGCACUGCCUGGAGAAAACCACUGGGUUGUCCUAUCUUGUGGAUGAUCCCCUGUUAUCUGUACGAACCUCCACCAUCAAGAACCACGAGUUUAUAGAUGAACAGAUGUUUGAGCAGAAUUGCAUGGAGAGUUCAAUGCAGAACUACCCAUCCACACGGAGUCCCUCACUGUCCAGCCACCCGGGCCUCACGACCACCUGCUGCUCCCGUCGUAGUAAGAAAACCACACACCUGCCCAACUCCAACCUGCCGGCCACCCGCCUGCGCAGCAUGCAAGAGCUCAGCACGAUCCACAUCCAGGGCAGCGAGCAGCCCUCCCUCACUACCAGUCGUUCCAGCCUUAAUUUGAAAGCAGACGACGGACUGAGACCAAACUGCAAAACAUCCCAGAUCACCACAGCCAUCAUCAGCAUUCCUACUCCCCCAGCGCUAACCCCAGAGGGGGAAGGUCGGCCACCCCCUGCCAGCCCAGGCUCCAACACGAACAUUCCUGCCAUGGCCAGCAAUGUUGUCAAGGUCUCCGCCUUGUAA